AAACAAAUGUCAAUUUAUUACAAUGAUUACAUUAAAUAAAUAAUAAUAAUUUGGGAAAUAUUGUUGGGUAGGAAAACGUGAGAAUCUUUAAAUUUUACGUUGUAUUAAUAUUCGUCAUGAUCACUAACAAUGGCUGACAAGUAUAGUUGGUCAAUAUUAAUAUAUUUAGUGUCAAGUCUUUUAUGUUGUCAUGCUGCAAUGAAUGCAAAUAUGUCGAGAAGCGACAGCGGAGGAUUUAAAAACGAUUCAUUGUUGGAAAACGAUCCAGAACUGAAUUAUGUUCCAUCUGGGCCGCUGGUUAUGUGCUCUUUCUUGCCAAUGGAGUUCAUCGAAUGUGAAGACCUAAUUGACUUAAAAGGAAACAAGACAAGAGAUGAUACCAUGACAGGCGGCUGCUCAAAAUAUGGCGGUAGUUAUAGAUAUGAAGACGUUGAAAAGACAACAGUUCAAUGCAUGGUUUUACCUGGUAUAGAAUGCCACGGUAAUAGAAAAUUCAACAAGAAAGGAUUUCCUUGUGUGAAAUAUGGUGGCUAUUAUUUCCUAACUACUCUACUAUAUUCAAUUUUACUUGGAUUUCUUGGUAUGGACCGGUUUUGUCUAGGACAAACUGGAACAGCUGUUGGAAAAUUAUUGACACUUGGAGGUGGUGGAGUCUGGUGGAUACUAGAUGUCAUUUUGUUAGUCACUAAUCAACUUUUGCCUGAAGAUGGCAGUAAUUGGAAUAUUUAUGUUUAAUUGAAAAACUAUUUUUGUAACUUUCGUAAAAUAAAACUACUAAUUGUAUAAAAAA